AUGUCAAUCCAACGAACAUUCCCCGAGCCUGACCCAAGGUUUUACAAAUAUCACAGUCACGCAAGCAACCGCGACAAAGACACUCAGGCCAUGAGAUGGGUUCAAGAGCUCUACUGGUCUAUGGGCCGGUGCAGGCAGUCAGGCGUCACGUACGCGGAGGGAUCAUGGGGAUACACUGUGCUUCGCGUCGUCUACACCCAAGAGUCUGACACACUGUGGCCUAUCGCCUUACAGAAGUUCAACCGAUGGGUAACGCAGUAUAUUAUCCACCUAAAUCAACUCAUUAAAAAUAAGCCCAACGGUGAAAUUAACAAGGAACUUGCGCGUCGGUUUAUUCUCGAAGUUGUUGAGAAUAAAGCUCUCAAGGACUUGAACUUACCCAAUCUGUCUGUGGAUACUCCUCAACAAGACGUUCAAUCUCUGACCCAAAUUUUCGAGGGCUGGCGCAAAGAAGCGGUUGGCGAUAUCAAUUUCGAUCCUCGCGACAACACGAGAUUUUGCGACUUCUUAGUCAUUGAUGAGGCCUCUCUUCGAACCCUCGCCGUGCUGCCUGAAGAGACGCCGUCGUUGGAGAUUUUGUCUCGUGCUGAGAGACGCGCACGACAUGAGUUGUGGGCUGGCUCAUUUGUCUGGCUCAUUGACUCCCUCGCCGUGAAACGUUUUCAAGGUUUCGAGGAUGCCGAUAAUUACAACGGCCUCAUGAAACUGAGCCCUGAGGACCUCCCGGACGCUUGGUUUGAGCGAGCGGGCAGGUUUUCGAGCGACUUCUGGACCUUUGACCGCGAGGAGAUUCCCGAAGGAUCUGGCGAGAAGUGGUACCGUCAGCAUUGA